UUCAGUCGUGACUGAAGAAAAAACACUAGACCGAGAGGGAGGAAGACCGAGAGGGAGGAGAGCAGACAGACGCUAACGCCGCCUCGCCUUGUAAGCGUCGUGUCGUGUGAAAUAUGAGCCGCUGAGAGCUGAAAUAACCGAUUAAAAGCCGCACAGCCUCUGGAGAACUGGUCGAACACACUUUCUUAUCGGAACACGCAGCCGACACCGCUCAGGCGUGAUGGACGGGAUCCCGCGAGGUUGGGCCGGGGUGCGCACCCUGCCGUGGUACGUAGCGGGUUCCCAGGUGCUGGGGGUGACGUGUGUGGUAAUCACAGGCGUGUGGAUGGGGCACUACUACGGGGGCUACGCCUGGGACGGUUCAUCACAGCAGUUUAACGUACACCCGCUCUGCAUGGUUCUGGGCCUGGUCUUCCUCUAUGGAGAUGGUGUGCUGGUGUACCGUGUGUUCCGAAAUGAGAGUAAGCGCUCAGUGAAGAUUCUCCACGCUCUGCUACACAUGAUGGCUCUCAUUAUCAGCAUCGUGGGGUUGGUGGCAGUGUUUGAUUACCACAAUAGCUCUAACAUCCCGAACAUGUACUCUCUGCACAGCUGGUGUGGUAUGCUGACCUUCGUACUCUUCUUCCUGCAGUGGCUGCUGGGCCUGGCCUUUUUCCUGUUCCCCUGGGCGUCCACUUUACUGCGGAGCUGGUACCUGCCACUGCACAUCUUCUUCGGCCUGGUGCUGCUGGCCAUGGCUGUGGGCUCCUCUCUCAUGGGCAUCACAGAGAAACUGCUCUUCAGCAGCCAAUCCUCAUCCUCCAAGUUAGCUCCUGAGGCAGCUCUGGCGAAUGUCCUUGGCCUGCUGCUGGUAUGUUUUGUGAUCCUGGUGGGCUUCGUGGUGAGUAGAGAAGAGUUCCGACGGCCCCCGAACCCCGAGGAAGAGGCCCUGUCCGUGCACUUUAACACACUCGGUGAGGGCUCCGGGCCCAGCUCACCAUAACACAGCCACACAAUGCCCUCUACUCUUCCCAAGGUUUACUUUCUAGCCUCCACCUUUCAGCCCCCACACUCACACUCCUCAGUUCCUCUGAACCAGACUGUGUCCUCAAAACUCCAGCCAGGAAUCACUGUAACCACAGGGUCAGUUUUGUUCUGCAAGGCUAAGUAAAGCAUAUGUUCACUAUGCUCUCUUUCAGUAACCGAGCAGGUUUGUCAAGCUUCUGAUUGGCUGUUUAACAUGAUUAACCAGUGAAAGACAGCUGGUCGUUCUCAGUCCACACUUGCAGUUUGUGGGUUUGCUUGAGUGCACACUAACAUGAUGAAUUCACGACUUUACUCAGUGCAUAAGCACUGGUUAAGACCAUGAAUAUGUAUUUUACCUUUGUUGGACAGACAGUUGCCAGUGUUCUAGUGACAAUGUUCUUCCCUGGUUUUUCCAAAACAGCGUUAUAACACCACCACUGAAUGUACAGUGGUGGGCAAACUACACAAAUCCAGUGCUUGAGUAAAAAUACUCAAGGUCUACAUGCUCUGUUUAUGUUUUACUUGUGUUAAUGUACAAAAGCACUUGCUUUGAAAUUUAUCGCUGCUGUCGGAACACAACCUCAUAUCUCCAACUUUACAGGAGAAGGAAAAAAAACGAUUUACUUUUAUUGUAAGUCAAUAAAGUAGGAUAUUUUACUGUGACUUGUAGUGGAGUGAAAGUAUCAAAAGAUGAGAUUACUUUACAUUUUGCAUUUUUUUGCGAAAUGGGACACAUUUAGGACACUUGCUGCAAAAGAAUGUGAUCACGCAUGCAAUUACACAAAACUGCAAGUGUGAACUUUGACAGGCCAAAUGUUUUGGUCUCCUGGAAAAAAGACCAACAAGCUGCUACCGUGUGCUGUCUAACACUGCCUCCUUGUGUUUAAGGAAAGUCAUCACAGGGUAGAUUUUAAUUUUUCUAUCUAUAGAUCUGUGUAACAGAACCACAGCCAACGGUCGUCAUUAACAAUUGUUUUGUUGCCACAAAGCCAUUUAUACAAGAAGUAUCAUUUGAUAUAAUUUGCGUAUUUUUUGGCAGGCAAAUGAAUCUCCCGGGUUUCUGUCCUAACGUUGUAGUAGGUGUUACUGCCAAACUGUCCACUGCUGUGUUAGUUUUCAGUUCCAGACAAGGUGCGUUGGUACCGUGUGAUCUCCUAGAUACAUACAUGAUGUCACAGACGUCUGUAAAUGGUGUUGCUAAAUGAAAAUAUUAUUUCAGAUUAUUUUAAAUGACUGGGCACUCUAUGCCAAAUAAUUCCGUGCCUUCCUUAAUAUUUAUUAGUGCCAUAUUGGGCUGAGAAACUAGAACUUAGCUGAGAAAGAAGGACUGUUUGCUGUUCUGCGUGAAAGGAAAUCACAGUUAAUGAUUCCUGUGAAACCUCAUUAUGCAGAAGUGUCUAAUAUAAUCGGCUUCAACCAUGUUAAUAUUUGCUGAUUCUGAGUUUUGCAUGCCAUUAGGUUUCUUCCAUGUUUAUGUGAUUUAUUUAAAACUAUGUAAGAAUAGUGUUCACUGGCUGUCCAAACCAAAACCUCAAGUGCCACACACACUAUUCCACAGCGUAAAGUCAGUGUUGCAGCUUUAAUAUCAAAUAUCAAACGAGUGUUAUGUUGAACUGUGCUGUUGUUUUAAUGUGUGAGAACUGGACAUGAAUCCUAACAUCAACAAGACCAUCACUUAAAGGUCUUGGAGAGAAUAUAUGAAUGGCUAUGUAUUCCAUUCUGGUACUGUAUUCUGCAGUCAUUGUCAUGUUUGUUUUAACCGUAUCUGUUUUGCACUAUUUAAAAAGCCGUGUGUCUGCUGGUUUUGUUAUCUUGUGUAAUGCUGUCUUAAGUAGUGACAUAAAUGCGAAAGGCCUAGAGAUCAUUAAAAGAGCUUCAGUUGGCUUGUGCCAAGUUCCAGA